AUGGAGGAUUAUACUGUGAAUUUCAAUCCUCUCUCUCUCUCUCUCUCUCUCUAUCAUGGAAUUUCUCUAUAUCACUAUGGAAAACUCUCUCUCUCUCUCUCUCUCUCUCUCUCUCUCUCUCUAUCACUAAGGAGGGAUUAUACUGUGGAAUUUCUCUAUCUCUCUCUCUCUCUCUCACUUGACUCUCUCUCUCUCUCUCUAUCACUAAGGAGGGAUUAUACUGUGGAAUUUCUCUAUCCUCUCUCUCUCUCUCUCACUGGAGGGAUUAUACUGGAUUUCUCUAUCUCUCUCUCUCUCUCUCUCUCUACCAAGGAUGGAUUAUACUGUGUAAUUUCUCUAUCCUCUCUCUCUCUUCACUAUGGAGGGGAUUAUACUGUGGAAUUUCUCAAUCCUCUCACUGGAGGAUUAUACACUCUAUCCUCUCUCUCUCUCACUAUGGAGGGAUUAUACUGUGGAAUUUCUCAAUCCUCUCUCUCUCUCUCUUUUUAUCACUAA